CGCACGUGCAUGUUUGCAGGACUGCUGCUGGGCUCCGAUUGGUCCCCUGCAGCUCUCAGCGUGGUGAGUUUAAAGAGCUUCACUGUGAGGAAGCUCUGGAUGGAGGUGGGUGGACGACCGUCAUAAUGUGAUCAUUCUGAUGGGUUAGAAGCUUUUGGCCCCGCCCCUUUCAUAUGACUUCGUAUCCGUGAAUCCAGAUGACGGAGAUAACCGGAACACGUUUAACCUUCUUCCUGGUGCUGGGCCCAGGUUGGGUUACCAUGGCGAUGUACCCCAGAAAGAAAUGAAGCACCUUCACGUGCUCUGAUGUUACCUGGAUAAGAAGGCCUCAGGUCACACUGAAGCGCCACGCCUGCCAGCAGCGAGUCAGCGUUUACGGCCUUACACAUAAACACCACACCUGUAUGUUUGUGUGACUCACCUGUUUAAAGUUUGCAAUUGUUGGGGGCGUGGCCUCUGUGACUGGCAGGUGUCGCCAUGGAUGCAGGAUGAUACAGGAAGAGGCUGACGAGCCUCCGUCUUUUAUGUACAGUCUGUAAACGGUCGCGGUGUGAGCGCCUGAAACGUCAAACUCUUACAGCAUGCAGUGUUUCCAUAGAAACGCUGCGGGGACGUGUCACUCUGGAUGUGUGAGGAGAAGCACGUAACUGCUCCUCCUCUUCCUCCUCUCCUGUUUUUAUGAAUGAGAAUUAAACACGUACUCACACACGAUGACGUCAGCAGGAAGCCCCUCCCCCACCGAUGCGGGAGAAGCCUCAUGACCAGAGAGAGAGCGGCUUCCUCCUGUCUUCAUAUGUCUCUCACCCAGCCGUCUCCUCCUCAGGGGGAGAGAGAGGGCAGACAUCCCUCCCCCCUCCUCCUCCUCUUGCAUCCUUGCUCCCUCCUCUCCUCACGAGCCUGAGGAUGAGUAAUCCAAGCAGGGAGGAAGGGCGAGAGCUGCAGACGGAGUGAGUGAGGGAGGAUACCAGCAUCAUCAUCAUCAUCAUCAGUGAACGUGCAGAGGCAGAGGAUGAAGAUUCAAACCCGUCCUGCAGGUCUCUCACUGCCGAGCGGCGUCCACCCGGGGCUGGCUAAUUCCUGGAGUGGGAGAGAAUCAGCUGAGUGAAUAUUUCUGCAUGCUGUGGAUUUCACCUGCACUGGCUAACUCCUGGAGAGUGUGUGCAUUUGCAUUUGUCUGUACGUGACUAAUAUCUGGAAGAGCUGGAGGGAGACGUGUUUUUCUGGAUGGUGCUGGUCUAAUUCCUGGAAGGGAGGCUCAUUGACUUAUGCUUUAAAACUGUGGGAUAAGACUAUUUCCUGCACACUAAGCUCCUGCUCUGUGCUUCCACAUGUGACGUUUCAGAGAUCUGGCUAAUAUCUGGAGUCUUUUAUUGUAACAGUGCCUCACUGCCCUACAUUCACCUCACACACACAAACACACACAGACACACUGCGCCUGGAACCUGGUUAAUCUCUGGACCAGCGUGUCUGGCAUGUUCUGCUUCUGCCUGCAGAGUUCCCUGCAGAAGCUCCAGGCUCUGGAGGUGGAGGGGGGGACAUCGCUGGGGUCAUCCCCCGAGGAGAGCCCCCCUCCUCUGGGCAGCAAGGAGCAGAAGAGCCCCCGUGGUCGGGCCGAGCUCGGAGGGAAGGAGGCGAAGACGCUGGCGCUUUGUCACGGCGUCCCUGCAGACGAGAACAGCCCGCCAGUUAUUUUAGUCAUUUUGACAGUUCGGCAGCUGCAGUCCCCGCGACACCCGCCGUUAACCGCCAUCCACCCCGGCCAGCAGCCCCCGACCCCCGACGUAGUGCCGCCGCCGAGCCCCCACCACUCCCCCUACUCUCCUCAGAGGAGCAGCCCCGGAGGUGAAGGAGGACACGGCCCAGAUGGAGGCGGAGCUCUCCUCCAGCUGCUGGCGGGAGGCGCCAGCCCCCUGCCCUCCCCCCGCUGCUCCAGCCCAUGUCAGAGGUUUAACUCGGACCCGGACUCCGCCCCGUCGCCGCCGUGCAGCCAGCAGUACAUCCUGUGUCGGGGCGACAGGACGCAGGACUCGGAGGGCGAGCGUCCCUCGUCCGUGCCCUUCCUCACGAGACACAUCCAGACCCUGAAGAAGAAGGUCCGCAGGUUCGAGGACCAGUUUGAGCAGGACAUGAACUACAAGCCGUCCCACAACGACAAGUACUCGAACCCGGAGAUGAUCCGAGUGAUGGGCGAACUGGCCAAGGCUCGCAAGCAGCUCAAAGAGCUGAGACUCAGGCAGUCGGUGUUCGAGUCGAAGGAGCAGGGAAGCGCAGACGUCUGCAGGUACGGCGCGGGGCAGCAGGGGGCGUCGGAGCACAAACCGGCUCUGGAGGAAACGGUGGAGUCCCUGUUCAGGCGGCUGAGAGAGAAGAGGCAGGCGCUGGGUCUCCCUGACAACAUGAAGGAGAUGACUCAGGCUCAGAUGGUGCUGGAGAAAAUCACUCUGCAGAAAUGUCUGCUGUACUUCGAGAGUCUGCACGGCCGGCCGGGAACGAAGCAGGAGAAGAACCUGGUGAAGCCGCUGUACGACCGAUACCAGAUGAUCAAACACUUGCUGUGUGCCAGCCCCACCAUCAGCACCAUCGAGGAAGAGGAUGGUUCUGAUGAAGACUGCGUGAGUUCGUUGGCCGUCGAUGAGCUUCCUGUCCCGCCGCCUCGCAGAUCGGCCCAACCAGCAGCCGGCGAGGAAGACAGCGACCGGGACAGCGACCCGGCCUUCGUGUCGCCGUUAGACGAGGUGAAAGCCGUCCGGCAGCAAGAUGCUCUCACCACAGCGAACCUGCACGAAGCCUCCAGGUCUCAGCUGCUGGACUGUCUGCGGGAGACCCGGGCCGAGAAGAAGGCGAGGCGGAAAGUCCUGAAGGAGUUCGAGGACGAGUUUUAUCGACAGACCGGAAGAAUCUGCCAAAAAGAGGACCGAACUCCGAUGAAGGAGGAGUACCAGGAGUACAAGCAGCUGAAAGCCAAACUGCGCCUGCUGGAAGUCCUCCUCAGCAAACAGGAAGUCGCCAUGUGAGGAAAACCUGAGUGUAACCGAGCCAGCAUCACUUCUCCCAGUCUGGAGGGAAAACUUUGGUUUCCUCACACGUUGAGCUUUUUCAUAUAAACUGAAUGUGCUCGAGGUGGAAGCUUUACUGUGACGAUAGUGGAGGACGUGUCAGGAGUUCAAAUGAAGCUAAAAAUCACAAACUGUGUGUGUGUUAACAUGUGAAACACUCAGAAAAGCAAUAAGAUCAAAAACAGGCGCUUGACGCUGAAAGACGGCAGAAACCUCCUGAAACGUGCUCAUUGGACACAAACCAGGAGGGCGGAGUUUAGCCGGCAUCACGAGACAAAACGUCAGCUGUUUAAAGCGACCGCGUUCUUCUGCUUUAUGGUGUUUUGCAGAAAUUCCACCUGAAUUAUUUAAUAAAUGAUUUUAUUGAUAUUAGUGCUGAGCUCGGUGAAUUCAACACGUGUUGAAAUCAAAUGAUGGAAAACGGCGUCUCUCUGGAGGUUAAAUCGAGUCUGUAAAUCUUUCAGCGUGUCAUCGCGCCUGAUCACACGUUAGAGCUACAAACUGCAUGUUCAGAGGUGGAGGCUUUACAGGUAGACACCACCAGGAGGCGCUGCUGAACACUUCUUUAAUCAUUCAGGUGUUUCUGUUUGUUCUGAUGAGUUUUUGCACUGAAGCUACCAAAACGUGUUCGGGUUAAGUUCAGAGUUAAACACACGCGGCCAUUUUUGGUGAGCGCACACUGAAUCUUCUCGUUUCAUUGAUUUACUUUGUUCUGUCAGUUUCGCUGAGAUCUGGUGUGUGUUGCCGUGGAGACGGAGGAAAUGAAGCGUUUAUGUCACUGAAGUGGGGCGUUCAGGCGUCACUCGUGCCGGUGCAGAUGUAUUUAAGUCACUUUAUGCUGAAAAAGGACAUUUAAUUUUUUUCAGGUUGCUGUUGUAGCGACGGGUCGCUGCUGGAGUCUGUCGCGGUGCAGGCGGGUGCAGGCGCGUGCAGGCGGGUGCAGGCGGGUGCAGGCGCAUGCAGGUGGAUGCAGGUGGUGCAGGUGGAGCUCCUGUAGAAAAGAGAGCCUGCAGGGCGAGUAGCUGGAAACUGCAGUGCUCUUUAACCCACCGUGUGCGUUGGAGGAAACUCUCAGAACAACCGAGCGAAAAGCUUCCUGAUGUUUUGCACGUUACACUCUCAGCAUGUCGGCGGCGUUCCCGGGAUUUAAGGUCAGUAUUCAGAGCAGAAUCCAGCCUUUCCAAACACUUCUCCUGAAACGUGAGAUGUUCUGUGUUUCCCCGACGUCUCUGGUGAAUCGUGUUAAUGUUGUCGUUUGAAUCUUAGAGCCGGCUGAGGUUGAACCUCCCGCUCUGAACGCUGCACGUUUGACACACAGGCUCUGCUGUGGUCAUGAACUCGUGUUGAUCCUGGUUGAAAAGCAUCUAUAAAGACAAAUACUGAAUAAAUAUUUUUGCUACCAACGCGA